AUGGAUAUCAACCGUGCGAUUUCAAACGGCCCCGUCAAGCGCGAUCUCAGCUCCGUUCUCACGCCCAACAAGGCCGAUGACUGUAUCGUUGAUCACGACGAGCUUCCUCCCGCAUACACCGAACUACCUGAUCUUCAAGUGCUGCCUUCAUACCUCAGCGCAUGUCCUCUCAAACCACACAGACCAUUCCCUGAUAUCAUCCGCGCUCAUCACCGCCUCUCACAAUUAAACUCCAUCACACUCAGUGGGCCAGAUAAGGAACGACUCUACUAUGUCGAAGUACACAAGGGUUUCCAGCGUCUAGAUCCACUCGGCUACCGUGCCGGUGUGCUACUACGAAACGGACCACACAGCAAGGAUGAAGUUCUGGCAGCGGCUGGUGAAGAGACACAGUCUGCUUUGAGGAUAUACGCUGUUCCAUCAGCUCCAGAUUCAAACAGUGUGUUUUUCCUGCCGCCCAUGGCAUUCGGCACUAAUUCGAGAGCCAUGACUAUGGAGAGAAUGAGGCCGGGAACUUUGGACGGCGGGUUUCAUACCUUUACGUUUUUCGUGGAGAUAGAGCCUCUUCGAAGCUUUAGGAGGCAAAAGUUUGAGUGGGUACAAGAUAUGGAUCAUAUUGGGGCAAGUGCCAAGGCAUGUAGCUUUAAGCUGGUGCGUGUGAUGAGGAUAGAUGGAAAGUCGGGUGAAGGUGAGACGUGCAAGAGCGAGGCGCCAUCGUCUGGUGUAAGCGAUGGGAGUGUCUAUGGAGAGACGGUUGCUACUUUUGCGUUUCCUCAUUCAACUUUGACGAGCCGAGAGGCCUUUACAUUAAGGACACUAGGGAGUGCGAAGGAUGGUCGUCUUGGUGAGAGGGCUCAGAUUGCUAUUGUUGUGACGGCGCUUAGGCUAUGGCAUUUUCUUAUAAAGGGCCAGCUGCAACGGUAG